AUGAGCAGUUCUGGAGACAGUUCCCCCGAUUGGUUGCGUUCUUUUCAGGUACCCACUCCUGAUUCGCCGGUGACACUGUCAUCUGAUUCUGAGUCUUUACGUGUUAGUCGUGGCUUUUCAGAUGAGGAUAGAAAAAGUCUUCAAAUAGAUGAUCAAACACCAUCUAGAAGGAAGAAAACGGGUACGCAGAAGAAGAAAAAUGGAAAGAGGGAGGAUAAGAAGAUUAAGCUUGACUCCGACACCGACACCGACAAGGAAACCAAGCACAAAGAACCCAUUCAUUCACUGUGGGAACUGUCAUCAGAUUCCGAGUCAUACCGUGAUCAUAUUCCGAAAACUGAAGAUCACAUUGAUCAGGUGGAAACUUCUAAGCCCCAAAUAUCUCCACCUCCUGGUGAAGUAGAAUGUGGGGAUGGACUUCAUGACAAAGAUGGAAAGUCUCCAUCCAAAAAGGUUUCAAAAGCAAAGACGUCACAAAAAAAAAUAAUGGGCACACCAGUAAAAGGGAAGAAAACAAAGGUUAAUGUUAAUGGGAAAGGUGAUGAUGGAGAUGUAGAGGUUAAAGAGGAAGAAACUGUUGAAAAGCAUGUUGGACCAAAUGUUUCCUCCUCAAUGUUGCCUUUGAUGCUUUCUGAGAAAGUUCACCGUACAAAGGCUCUAAUUGAGUGUCAAGGUGACUCCAUAGAUUUGAGUGGUGAUAUGGGAGCUGUAGGGCGGAUUAUUAUCUCAGAUUCCCAUUCCGGGGAUCCGGAAAUGUGCUUAGAUUUGAAAGGAACAGUCUACAAAACAUCUAUAGUUCCUUGCCGGACGUUUUGCGUUGUAAGCUUUGGGCAGUCGGAGGCAAAGAUAGAGGCCAUCAUGAAUGACUUUGUACAGCUGAAUCCACCGUCUGAUGUUUAUGAAGCCGAAACUAUGGUUGAAGGGACAUUGGAUGGUUUUUCCUUUGAUUCUGAUGAGGAAGCUGGCAAGAAUCAGAAAACCACCCACCCAUCUGAUCAAAACGAGCACGCCGAGGAACAGACACCUGGUAAAUCUAAACGGAAGGCAGACAAAACAUCAGGUGCUGAAAAGAAAAGAGGUAGAAGUACUGGUGGAAAAUCACAGUCAAAGAUAUCCAAGAAAAAAGCUCCAAGUUCCAAGAGAGCAAGGACUAAGAAAUGA